GCGCAACGUAGGUGGUGCGAGAGGCCGCCGGGGGAUGGUAGGGCGACAGCGCUGCCGCCAUUUUGCGGGGUGUUUGUCGCAGCAGCUGGAGCGGGAAGACGGCGUUUUGGCGACAUUUCUCGACCGCAGGGCCUUUUGCUUUUGCGAAGAUGCGGCAUUCCAAACGAACUCACUGCCCUGAUUGGGAUGGCAGAGAAAGCUGGGGACAUGAAAGCUACAGUGGAAGUCACAAACGGAAGAGGAGGUCUCACAGCAGCACACAAGAGAACAGGCAUUGUAAACCACAUCACCAGUUUAAAGAAUCUGAUUGUCAUUAUUUAGAAGCAAGGUCCUUGAAUGAGAGAGAUUAUCGGGACCGGAGGUACAUAGAUGAAUACAGAAAUGACUACUGUGAAGGAUAUGUUCCUAGACAUUAUCACAGAGACAUUGAAAGCGGUUAUCGCAUCCACUGCAGCAAAUCUUCAGUCCGAAGCAGGAGAAGCAGUCCUAAAAGGAAGCAUAAUAGACACUGUUCAAGUCAUCAGUCACGUUCGAAGAGCCACCGAAGGAAAAGAUCCAGGAGUAUAGAGGAUGAUGAGGAGGGUCACCUGAUCUGUCAAAGUGGAGACGUUCUAAGAGCAAGAUAUGAAAUCGUGGACACUUUGGGUGAAGGGGCCUUUGGCAAAGUUGUAGAGUGCAUUGAUCAUGGCAUGGAUGGCAUACAUGUAGCAGUGAAAAUUGUAAAAAAUGUAGGUCGUUACCGUGAAGCAGCUCGUUCAGAAAUCCAAGUACUGGAGCAUUUAAAUAGUACUGAUCCCAAUAGUGUCUUCCGAUGUGUCCAGAUGCUAGAAUGGUUUGAUCAUCAUGGUCAUGUUUGUAUUGUGUUUGAACUGCUUGGCCUCAGUACCUAUGAUUUCAUUAAAGAAAAUAGCUUUCUGCCAUUUCAAAUUGACCACAUCAGGCAGAUGGCCUAUCAGAUCUGCCAGUCAAUCAAUUUUUUGCAUCAUAAUAAAUUAACUCAUACAGAUCUGAAGCCUGAAAAUAUCUUAUUUGUGAAGUCUGACUAUGUAGUCAAAUAUAAUUCUAAAAUGAAACGCGAUGAACGCACACUGAAAAACACAGAUAUCAAAGUUGUUGACUUUGGUAGUGCAACAUAUGAUGAUGAGCAUCACAGUACUUUGGUAUCCACACGGCACUACAGAGCUCCAGAGGUCAUUUUGGCUUUAGGUUGGUCUCAGCCUUGCGAUGUUUGGAGCAUAGGUUGCAUUCUUAUUGAAUAUUACCUUGGGUUCACAGUCUUUCAGACUCAUGAUAGUAAAGAGCACCUGGCAAUGAUGGAACGAAUAUUAGGACCCAUACCAACACACAUGAUUCAGAAAACAAGAAAACGCAAGUAUUUUCACCAUAACCAGCUAGAUUGGGAUGAACACAGUUCUGCUGGUAGAUAUGUUAGGAGACGCUGCAAACCAUUAAAGGAAUUUAUGCUUUGUCAUGAUGAAGAACAUGAGAAACUGUUUGACCUGGUUCGAAGAAUGUUAGAAUAUGAUCCAGCUAAAAGAAUUACUUUGGAUGAAGCAUUGCAGCAUCCUUUCUUUGACUUAUUAAAAAAGAAAUGAAAUGAAAAUCAGUGGUCUUACUAUAUGCUUCUCUAGAAGAAAUUACUUAAGACUGUGUCAGUCAGCUAAACAUUCUAAUAUUUUUGUAAACAUUAAAUUAUUUUGUACAGUUAAGUGUAAAUACUGUAUGUUUUGUAUCAAUAACAUAAUUAUCUUGUUAAGAAAGUAUGGUCUUGAUAAUGAAAUAUGAAAGUUAAAACUAAUUUUCCUUUCUGAGAUUAAUUACCAUUUUUAAAGACCUUUGGUAUAUCCUUUGUGUCUAGUGAUAAAUGUGAUUGAUCUUGUCUUUUGUAAAUGGACCUCAACUCUGAAGUGAUUUUUUUUUUUUUGAGUAAAGGGAAAUGUUAACUACUUUAUAUUCUUAAAUGAAUGUUCUUUAUAUACCUCAGAACUUUUGUUAACUGAGUUUUUUCUGUAAUUGAUGAAUGGGUAAUAAGUAUUAGUAACUCUAGAGAGGCAGAUAUUGGAAACCAAAGCCCGUAGAAAAUGUUUAGUCUUAAUGAGUUGUAAGUACUGGGUUCUGUUUCAAGUGGAUGAUGUCAGUGGGCACACAUAAACACAUUCAUGGAAAGGAAUCCAGGUGGUUGUACAUUAUGACAGGCUAUUAAUAAAAACCACAACAAACACACUUCACACAAGUCUGACUGGAAAAUCACUUUGGAAAUCAUUUUCCAAGGGUUGUUUAGUGAGUGACAGACAUAAAAAUAGAAAUUUUGAUGACUGAUAUUUUAGUUUUUAAUGCCAAGUCUUGAGGAGUUUUAAAAUUGUCCAGUGUCCAUUCUCUUAUCAAAUAGAAAUACUUAACCUCAGCCUAUGAGAAUUAAGACUAUUAGAGAAAAUUAUAUUUGUGUGAAGUCUUACUGGAGAAAAAAAAGGAUUUGAUUAG